AUGACUCAUACGACAUUAAAUACUGUUCUUGAAAUGAAUCCAGUCUCGCAACCAGCAGUUACUAAUACAACAUCGUCUCAACAAGGUACACAUCCUCAUAUCGACACGGUUAGCCAUCAAUCAGCUCGAAAUGCUGCAGCUUUACUACAGACAACAUCCGGGAACAGUAAUAGAUUUCUCGACAAUUUAAACCAACUGCAAACUACACCUCGUCAAAGAGCUGAUAUACAAUUAAAAAGUUAUCUUGAUGAGCCAGAAGAAUUAUUCCCUAGAUUAAAAAAUCCUAAUAGCACUCGUUCAGUUAGAGAAAAACUAUCCAUCGCACAAGUAUCAAAAUUACUUAAAACUCAAGAAUUUCUUAUCAGGCGUCUUGCACGCAUUCUUUACCCAACAGCAGAAAAUCUACAAGAUAUAGAAACAUUAACUAAAAUUGAAGCACAAAAAUUAACACGUAUUUUAAAUGGUACCAUAGAAGUACGUGCGCUUGUAUUUUUCAUGAUACUUGAUGAGGCUGGUGAUGAUUAUGUGAUCAGGACUGGAAUGGCAGAAUUUUAUGUACAAUAUUUUAAAGGUCUUGCAAAUUAUUGA